AUGGGCUCCGCGCGCCGGGCGCUGUCCGUGGUACCGGCUGUUCUGCUGGUUCUCGCGCUGCCUGGGCUGCCUGUCUGGGCACAGAAUGACACCGAACCUAUCGUGCUGGAGGGCAAGUGUCUGGUGGUGUGCGACUCGAACCCAGCCACAGACUCCAAGGGAUCAUCAUCUUCUCCGUUGGGGAUAUCGGUCCGAGCAGCAAACUCCAAGGUGGCCUUUUCGGCGGUUCGGAGCACCAACCAUGAGCCAUCCGAGAUGAGCAACAAGACACGCAUCAUUUACUUUGAUCAGAUCCUGGUUAAUGUGGGCAAUUUUUUCACACUGGAGUCUGUUUUUGUGGCACCUAGGAAAGGAAUCUACAGCUUCACUUUUCACGUAAUUAAAGUGUACCAGAGCCAAACGAUCCAGGUUAACUUGAUGUUGAAUGGGAAACCAGUCAUAUCUGCUUUUGCUGGGGAUAAAGACGUGACUCGGGAAGCCGCCACUAACGGAGUACUACUGUACCUGGACAAAGAAGAUAAGGUUUACCUAAAACUGGAGAAAGGUAACUUACUUGGCGGCUGGCAGUAUUCCACGUUUUCUGGCUUUCUGGUGUUCCCUCUAUAG